AUGGUCGCCGCCGCCGCCGGGUGCAGCAGGCGGUGCCGCUGCAUCUGCUGCGCGGCCGCCAUGUACAUCCUCCUGGUCCUGCCCCUGCCCGUCGUCGUCCUCGCGUCGUCCGCGGCGGCGGCGGACGGGUCAUUCAUAACGUGGGACGACCUCAGCAUCCCGCCCGCCGCCGCCGUGCAGGGCGCCGUGGGCGGCGGCGGCGGCGGCGUGAAGGCGGCCAGCAGGGGCGGAGCCCGCGACCUGGACACGAUCGUGGUGUCGCAGGACGGGGCGGGGCACUCGCGCACCGUGCAGGGCGCCGUUGACAUGGUGCCCGCCGGCAACCGCCGCCGCGUCAAGAUCCUCGUCAGGCCCGGCGUGUACAGGGAGAAGGUGACGGUGCCGAUAACGAAGCCGUUCGUGUCGCUCAUCGGCAUGGGCAGCGGCCGGACGGUGAUCACGUGGAACGCCAGGGCGUCGGACAUCGACCACCGUUCCGGCCACCAGGUCGGCACCUUCUACUCCGCCUCCGUCGCCGUCGAGGCCGACUACUUCUGCGCCAGCCACAUCACCUUCGAGAACUCCGCGCCGCCGGCGCCGCCGGGGGCCGUGGGGCAGCAGGCGGUGGCGCUGCGGCUGUCCGGCGACAAGACCAUGCUGUACAGGUGCAGGAUCCUGGGGACGCAGGACACGCUGUUCGACAACAUCGGCCGCCACUUCCUCUACAACUGCGACAUCCAGGGCUCCAUCGACUUCAUUUUCGGGAACGCCAGGUCCCUGUACAAGGGGUGCACGUUGCACGCGGUGGCGACGAGCUACGGCGCGAUCGCGGCGUCGCAGCGGAGCUCACCGGCGGAGGACUCCGGGUUCUCGUUCGUGGGGUGCAGGCUCACCGGCUCCGGCAUGCUGUACCUGGGCAGGGCGUGGGGCCGCUACGCCCGGGUGGUCUACUCCUACUGCGACCUCAGCGGCAUCGUCGUGCCCCAGGGCUGGAGCGACUGGGGCGACCGCUCCAGAACAAAGACGGUGCUGUUCGGGGAGUACAGCUGCAAGGGCCCAGGGGCGAGCACGAGGCAGCGGAUGCCUUGGUCCCGGUCGCUCACCUACGACGAGGCGCGGCCGUUCCUCGGCCGGAGCUUCGUCAACGGCGAGCAGUGGCUCAGGCUGUAG